AUUAUCCUUUGACUUUUUGACCGGUAAAUUAUUCAUUAUUUUAAUAGAAAUUCAACUUCAUAAUAAUUUUUAGUCUAUCGAAAUUAUAAUAUUUUCGUUAUCAUUACGGAUUUAUUAAACUCAUAAAAAUUGUUAUUACUUAAAAUUUUGACUUGCAUUUCUAAUAAAAAUUACUGAGUAUUUCGAAUAAUUAUUUUAAAUAUUAUUCAUUAAUUUUAAAUUUACGAGUAUUGUUUAAUUCACUGUAUACAUGAAAGGUAUAACACAUGGAGCGAAACGAACUCGAUAUACAAGAUUUUGAUAAAUUAAAAGUUAGCAAUAUUUGUAAAGAAUUUAAUUGUCUACCAUGCAUUAGCCAAAUUGAUACUAAAGCUGAUAAGAUACCAAAAGUAUUAUUUAAUUUUAAUAAUCCUUUAAAAAUUGAUGUGAAUUAUAUUUUAUCAAAAUUACAUGAACUUAUAUCUGAUCCAAUAACAAAUAUUAGCGUUCUUAGAAUAUGUAGACUUUUGCAUGAUUAUCUUUGUUAUGCAGGAACUGAUGGUUACGUAUCCUUUAAUAAAUAUAUUUUCCUCUAAUUUAGUUAUUAGAAUGACAUGUA